CACCAUGACCUCGAAUCGUUUGUAGCGUAUUCGACCUCACGAAACGUAAGCACGUCUUCUACUGUCUACCGAGGUACAUUUUAUGAGUACACUGUCCGGGCUGCCCUGGAAAGCUACCACUUCAAUCUCCACCGUACUGGAAAAUCCAAUGAUCUCGGCAUAGACCUUCUCGGACAAUGGUCGCUUCCUCAGCAACCGCAAGAGCUCAAAGUCAUUGUCCAAUGCAAGCUUAGCGUUGCGCAGCCCUGCAACGUACGUGAACUUGAAGGAGCAUAUGUUGGAGCCCCUGCGGGCUGGAAUGGCGAUGGCAUUAUGGCCCUUCUAAUUUCAGCAAGACCUGCGACUCUGGGUGUAAGAUCUGCUCUGCAGAGGAGUCGCUUACCCAUGGGCUUUCUGCAGAUCACCGAGGAAGGCUCGGUGCAACAGUUCAUAUGGAAUGCUGUGGCUCAGGAGGCGAGGCUGAUGGGUAUGUCGACUACCAAAGCGUAU